AUGCCCAAGAAGACUUCGGCGCGACGGCCGUGUAAAUCGCCAGCAGUGGCUAAAAUCCGCGUCGGAGUGGAAGACCCUAUCCCGUCCGCUGUGGUCGAUUACAUAGCAGCUCUACCCGCUUCGGUCGAAAUCGAAGCCCUGAAUAAUGAGGAACCGUUCGCAAAGCGUCGAAAGAUCACGGUUGAGCCGUAUUCUCCGAUUUGCGUGGCGAAAGCAAGAUUGCGGUUUUCUCGGGCAUACAGUGACGGGGAUACUCCGCCCUUUGCUGCAAGUUGUGAGGACGCGGGCCGAUACCUGAAAUUCACAUUGCGCCAUGGACUUUUGUCAAUGACAUCGCGCCCCGCAGGCCCGCAGGGUUCAUUCUCCAUCUGCUUUUUACUGGACGGGGAUGAGAUUGGAGAGGAGGCCACUCGUAUUCUUGGUAUUGGAGGUGCAAAUUCGAAGCGCGAUAAUCCUGGCGAUAUUUGGGUCGCAGUGGCAACGUCGAUAAUAUUGCAUGACAAGGUGGUGACCAUCCAAGUUUCGCUCUCGUUGAACUGGAACGAGACGCCAUCACCUUACUAUCCGUUACCAAAUUCAAACGAUCGGAAGUUAACGAGGCAGCUCAUCGACUCCAUUUUCCCAGACAACAAGAACGAAGAUCUCUCGGCAUGGUCGCCUAUGGACUUUUAUGAAGCAGCGCAUGUGCCCCCAAAGGAUGACAAAGCCGCUGUAGGUAUCGACAUUCCCGGACUAGGGUCGGAAUUAUUUCCGUACCAAAAGAGAACGUUACAAUGGCUUCUGGCAAGAGAGGGUGUGCGGUGGUCUCAUGCAAAAGCUAGGCUAGAAUCGACCCCAGUGGACGGUCGUUCACCCUCAAUCGACAGUUUCCGCACCGUCAAGGAUGCUGAUGGAAGAAGCAUAUUUUUGAGUGACGUGUUUCAAACCAUCACGAGAGAUAAAAGCUUGUACGAACGCGCUGACAGAUUCGUGAAAGGCGGCAUUUUGGCGGAGGAAAUGGGCCUUGGCAAGACCCUUGAGAUUCUGGGACUCAUCCUCCUCCAUAGUCGUGCAGAAAGUCAAGCUCAGCAGAUCGAACUUCAGAUGAACGGCCUUGCCACUACUGGUGCUACAUUGAUUGUUACUCCCGAUUCGCUGCGGCAACAGUGGAUAUCCGAGAUGGAACGGCAUGCGCCGAGCCUGCGGGUAAAGCACUAUCAAGGGUGCAAGAAAAUGAGAGAUGGAGACGAAGAAGCAAUCAUUGACGAACUCUGUGGGUACGAUGUUGUUAUUACAACAUAUUCCGCACUCUCAGCUGAGCUGCAUUUUGCAUUUGAGCCUCCUGAGCGUUCCCGUAGAUACGAGAGAGCAUACCCCCGAACGACGUCUCCUCUCGUCAAGAUAGCGUGGUGGCGGCUGUGUCUCGACGAGGCGCAGAUGAUUGAGAAUGGAUACAGCCAGGCCGCAUCCGUUGCCCGUGUCUUGCCUCGCGUUAAUGCAUGGGGCAUAACCGGCACUCCGGUCAAAGAUGAUGUAAAGGAUCUGUUCGGCCUCCUGCUCUUUUUGAGGUAUGAGCCAUAUUGCUCAGCAACACAGGUCUGGCAAGCUCUUACCACGAAUCAUAAAUCCUUGUUUCGACAGAUUUUCAACUCGAUCUCAUUGCGACACACCAAGACGCUAGUGCGAGACGAGAUUCUGCUGCCCGCUCAAAAAAGAUUUGUUAUAAGCAUACCUUUUACAGCCGUUGAAGAACAGCACUAUCAGUCCUUAUUUAAAGAAAUGUCCGACGAAUGCGGCCUCGAAACGGACGGGUCUCCCAAAACCGAUGACUGGGACCCUGAGGAUUACUAUGAUGCCAUGAGACUUUGGCUCAACCGAUUGCGCCAGACUACACUGCAUCCCGAGGUUGGCAUAUAUAAUCGCCGCUUAUUGGGUUAUAACAAAUCGCGACCAAUGAGAACUGUCGAUGAGGUGCUGGCAGCUAUGCUGGAACAGAACGAAAAUACGAUUAGGGCAGAGGAACGAGCAUACUUGUUAAGCCGCCUGGCUCGGGGCCAGAUGUAUGAAAAUAGUCCGCGUGUGAAGGAAGCACUGGUGCUGUGGGAGGAUGUGAGACAAGAGACCGAAAAACUUGUUUCAGAUGCCAGAACGAGACUGAAGGACGCAAUCCGAGAGCAUGGCGGGGAAGCAGCAGUGAAAAAGGCUGAAGAAGAGGAUCAUGUUCGCGAUUUGUCGAGCACGGAUGACGACGAGCAAGACGAGCUGGGAGCCAGGGGUAAAAUUGGCGAGUGUCGCAGGCGACUCCGUUCGGCCUUGGAAUUGCAUCACAAAGCCGUCUUUUUUUGCGCCAAUGCCUACUUUCAAAUCAGAGACAACAAAGAAUUGACGGAACCGAACAGUGAAGAGUUUCAGAAGCUGAAAAAGCUUGAGGAUGACGGGUACAAUGCGGCGAAAGCAUUGAGAAGAGAGAUUCUUGGGGAAAGCAACCGCAAAGCAAGGCGUCUUAUGAACAGUGUUGCUCGCAAAGCUAGGACUCGAACCUUCGUGGAUAUACCCGAGCUUGCUACAAUCCCUGAAAGGGGAAUCGAGAGCGGCCGCAUUGUCGAUGGCCUCGAAUUACUAUACGGCGAAUUGAAUGAGCAAGCAGAUGUCAUCGACAGAUGGCGUGAGGAGGUCGUUCAGUUACUUCUCAAACCACUAGUUGACGAGGAUGACGACGUCGAAACAACCGGAGAAGAGCUUGGCGAAUCUGCCAAAUUCCAGGACUUGCUCAUGGUCUAUGUCACCACCUUGCGAGCUGCUAUCGCUGAUCGUUCAGACGCAAUCUCUGGUCAAACGAAUGAAUUGGCCAAGCAUGAAACCGAAACUUCGCUUCGGCUAGCGAGGGCUGGGGAGGGCCCAGCGCCUGUGAAAAUGAGUCAAAUGCUUUGCCUGAGAGCAGAAAUCAAGCCCAAGAUGGCCAAUUUAUCUAUGAGAGGCGCGGUAAGUGAGUUCCGUGGCUUGCAAUCCCGGUUGUCCCGCGACACUGCUGCUUCAAGCCGUGAGGCCGUGGAGGCAAAGAUUGCUUCGGACCAACUGAGGGCUACUCAAAGUCAGAUUAACACUCAGAACAAAGUGGCAAUGGCUCUGGAGUCAGAAAUUGAAAGUUUCAAGGCGACAAUGAAUGCCAGACUGGAGUAUUAUCGUCAGCUGCAGGUAGUUUCGGAUGCCGUGCUUCCCUUGGAAGGGGCCAAGGACGACAACGCGAUCAACAAGUUGAAGCAGACAGAAGAUGAGCUACGUCGAAAACUGUCCUCUGCCGAAGCGAAACACAGGUAUCUUCUGAACCUGAAGGAGGCGGGAACCAAGUCGAACGAGCCGCGAAUGUGCGUCAUCUGCCAGAUGCCUUUUGUCACUGGCGUCCUGACGGUUUGCGGGCAUCAAUUCUGCAAAGAAUGCAUGACCAUGUGGUUCAAGGCGCAUCACAACUGCCCCGUGUGCAAGAGGAGUCUGAAGCCCUCGAAUCUGCACGACAUCGCCAUAAAGCCGCAGCAGUUGCAGGUUCACAGCGAGGGCAUCAAUGAUCAAGGAUGCGCGCCGCAGCGACGGGUCGCCAGUAACCCGCCGAAGAAGGCGGCAAUCUACUCCGAGUUCAACGCGAACAAGUUGGCCGAGAUUAAAAACGUGGAGCUCGACGGGCCAUCAUUCACAUCCAAGGUUGACACCCUGGUGAGGCAUCUUUUAUGGCUGAGAGAAUCCGACCCCGGUGCCAAGUCGAUUGUGUUUUCUCAAUAUCGUGACUUUCUGCACAUCCUGCGCAACGCGUUCAGGCGGUUCCGCAUCGGCCACGCCUCCAUCGACGACGUCAACGGCAUUGCUAGUUUCAAAGAAGACCCCGCCACGGAAGUGUUCCUGCUUCAUGCGCGCGCGCACUCGAGCGGCCUGAAUCUCGUCAACGCGAGCCACGUCUUUCUGUACGAACCUCUGCUCAACACGGCGCUCGAGCUGCAGGCCAUCGCGCGGGUAGAUCGUAUCGGGCAGCAACACGAGACAACCGUGUGGCUGUACCUGGUGUCUGGCACCGUCGAGGAGAGCAUAUACAAUCUCUCUGUGCGGCGACGCAUGGAGCACAUGGGCCGUCGGGGGAUCAGUGCAAAGGAGAGGGCGACGCCGGAACUCCUGGAUGCGAACAUUGAAGCGGCGAACACGCUCGAGCUGGAGCAGGCGGCUUUGUCCAAGCUCAUGAGCAAGGACAAGUCGGCGGGUGAGAUGGUCGAUAAGGGCGAUUUGUGGGAGUGCCUCUUUGGCCAUGUUGGUACGGGGGACGGCGGUGGUCAGAGGGACUGCCGGCUGCAAGAGAAGGCUGUGAUGAGCUAUUUGGCCGGGGAGGCGGCGGCGCGGAGACGUGCGGCAUGA